AUGGAAAAAUGCAUUGUCUUUACAGACACUCUUAUGGCUUUAUUGACAACACUACAUGGGAAUGUUUGUAAACGGGAAAAUUGUGAUCGUCCCUUAGAUUACAGAAAGACGUAUGUUGGUACUUGCCUUGUUGUUUCGUGGGGAUGUAGUUCUGGCCAUUUUGGUGGGCGAUGGGCAGCACAACCUUCGUGUAACAAGAUACGAGCUGGGAAUCUGAUGCUUGGUUCUGCUUUGCUGUUGUCCGGGAACUCAUAUACGAAAGUGGGGUUGAUGUUCAACUUCUGUAAUCUACAGUAUUUUUCCUCUACACUGUUUAAUCAGUAUCAGCAGUUGUACAUCGCCCCUGCAAUCAAUGAGUUCUGGGAACAACACAAGCAACAACUAUGGGAAGAAAAGGCUGAUAAAGAAGUUGUUUUAAGUGGUGAUGGAGGAAACGAUUCUCCCGGUCACAGUGCUCAGUACUGCACAUACAGCCUUGCUGACAUGAAUGAUCAGGCCAUCCUCCAAAUGAAUGUUGUAGAUGUCAGGGAAGCUGCAGGGAAAAGUAAUAAUAUGGAGAGGAUUGGAUUUCAGAGAGGAAUGGAUGCAUUACAUCAGAAAUUGUUUUAA